AUGACUGAGGCUUCGCUUUCACGUAGUAGCACUCGAUCGACAAAUUACUCAACAUGUCCUCCUUCGCGAACUUUGAGUGAUUCGAAUAAUUCAUUGAUCUUUGAGAGAGAUGUGGAGGACCCAGGCUUAAUGACUUCAAACUCGCCCAGUAACUCUCUGUCGAAACACGGAAGUACCGCGAGUCUAUUGUCCAGACAGUAUAGCAACCAGUGCGUGGGACCGCGAUCACGUGACGGAUCAACGACGUUACCACACUCACCUCCGUUGGAGGGCCACUCGCCAGAGUAUGUUAAGCCCAGUCUGGACCACCGUCGCACGCUGGAGAAUUUUGUAGCGCCAGCGUUGGACGCUGGGUGCUCGGUAGUGACCGACGAUAACGCGAACCUUGACGAAAUGGAUAUUGUCUAUAUGAGAAGGCCUUCGACCAUCGGGCUCGAUAUGGCUCUUGGGAGAACCAAGAGCAACUCCAGCGCGACGAUUACGUCGAGCAAUAAUAACAAUAAUAAUAAUAAUGAAAACGGCGGUUUUGGGUCUCCCAGCUCGCCAUCGGUUCCGCCUCUGUCGCUGUCGCGGUCGUAUUCGAACUCGAAUUGCACUCAGCCGGAGAAUCCAAGGACGCUGAGAUUCUACUCGUACGUGGACAUGCUGUCCGACGAGAUGGCCCAUAACUCGCAGAGCUAUAUGAGGAAGCCGGCACUAUCGUAUUCUUUCUCGUCGUCGCAUAUAAGAUCCGGCCCGCAGAGACCCGCAGUGACAGCGAAUUUUUCCAAUCCGUUUGUCAAGAGACGGGAUUCCAGCGCGGGCUCGGGCGCGCUGGCAAGACGCUACUCCAACACCCUCUUGACUAGGUCUCCGACCACCCCGGCUUCUUCGUACUCCCGUCCGCAGCAGCCGAGAUCCAAGAGCUCGGCAAACGUGUCCAGCGUGAGCGUCGGCAAGACUGCGGGCAAAGGAUUGCCGAGGUCCGGCAAAUCCAACUUCCACAUCGAGUCCAGCGGCAGCGACGAGCUCUCCACCGAUGACGACGAAGAGAUGCCGCACCACUCGUCGUUGCCGCCGCCGGCUUCACACACCCUGAUCGACCCCAGGAUCUCCAGAACGUCUACGCACAGCAGCAUCAACAACGGCAAUGGCUCAGGUUGCUCAUCUCCGCUGUUUGCCACAAGAACUUACUCGAACACAGGAAUAUCAAACACGCUUGGGGGGCCCUCCAUAAUAAGAAGACGCGAAAGUGCUGGCAUGUUUCCACAGCCCUCCAUUAACAACGUUUUGAUGUACGAUGAUACUUUGCAAACUGAAAAGGUUGGCGAAGCCCUCAAACGAAGGAUAAACAGCAGAAAGGACAGUGUUUCCACUAACAAUUAA